AUGGCCGACUCGCUCGACUCGAUAGUAAAGGGCGCUCCGGUGGCAUUGCCCGGGCGGGACAUUUCCAAGGCUGUUGGCGGCACCAGCCCUAUCGCCUCGUCGACGGGCAAGGCUGGCGAUCCCCUCAGCCACACGCCGAGUUCGCCGUCCAUGAUCUACCUCAACUUGCUCAUACUCGAGGCCUCGCUGCGCGCACAGUAUCUCGAGCUCCGUGCACGACGUCGCCAUCAUACCUUUUUCUUGUCACUGCUGUCGCUGUGGACUGUCGGCUUCGGAUAUGCUCUCUUCCUGGCGCCGCGCGAGGACGGGAGCGGCGUAGGCGGCAGCGUGUACUGGGUAGUUGAGACAACUGAGAGGAUGUGCUUCUUGGGAGGCAUCGUGACCGGCCUAUUGGUGUGGGCUACGGGCAUCUGGGAGCGAGGCGUGCGCUGGCCGCGCCGCUGGUUUGCCAUGUCCAACCGUGGCUUGAGGGGCUUCAACUGCAAGCUCGUCGUGAUGAAGCGCCCGUGGUGGAAGGAGGCACUCUCGACCAUUGGGUGGUUUCUGACCUACGGCCUGUUAACCAGCUCGGGAUCGUCGUACCGAUACGUUGAUCCGGCUGUUCUGCGCGAGAUUGAUAAGGAGCUGAGCCUCGCAAGUCACAACCACCCUACGGUACAUGUUACCAACUGGGACGAAGAAAAGGGCGGGCACGAGGAGGAUCUGUCGCCGGGCGGCGACUACGUGAAGCUCCUGCUUCUUGCCAAGCCCUUCUCCCCGACCUUCCGCGAGAACUGGGAGCUGUUCCGAUCCGAGUACUGGGAGAAGGAGAACGAGCGCCGUGCGCUGCUUCGAUCGAAGCUCAAAGAGCGGGACCGCAAGUUGCGCAAAGAACACGGCGGGUGGUUCUGGUGGCUUCCCUGGUGGCGGUCGGUUGCCGAGAAGCCUCACAUAGUGCGGGCCGACCCAGAAAAGGCCCAUCACCCCCGUCACGCGGCUGUUGUGCAAGAACACAGGCGAACAAGGAGCAACAGCGUCCGGAGAGGAAGUAUGUCAAACACGUCGCGAAGCUCAACGCCAACGCUUGAAGCGGAAGAGCCUGGCAUCAUGCGCAGAUCCAGCACAGCAUCUAACGGGUCUGACAAGAAGCGGAAGAAACUGGGCUCGGCCACCAAAACCCGACCAAAAGUAGAAUCUCGGUCCGUCACACCAGACAUCCCGUCGCCGCUUGCUAAGGAGAGAAGUGCCGCCGAUGCUGCUGGCUCACCAGGCCCCGCAGCUCCAUGA